UAUCAUCUCCAUCGCUAGGAAAACCUUCCCAGUAGAACAGAACAGAGCAUGUAACAGACUCUCUCUCUCUCUCUCUCUCUCUCUCUCUCUAUGGCCUUGUUUUCUCCAUCUCUUCCAACUCUCUCUCCCUUCUUUUCUCCAAAACCGCAUCCCUCUCAGAAAUCUCUUCUCCUUCACUACCCCUUCAAGAAAAAUCUCUCCUUGAUUCUCCCAGGAGCAGCAGAAAAUGGAGCAGGAAUGGUGGGUUCUGUUGCUGUAGAGGAGAAGCUAGACAAAAAGGAAGAAGCUUCUGAUUUGGAGAAAAAGGAGGACUCUUUAGGCUUGAAUGGUUCAGCGACAGCAGCAGCGCCGAAAUUCGAAGACCCAAGAUGGAUUGGAGGGACUUGGGAUUUGAAGCAGUUUGUGAAAGAUGGAGAGACGAACUGGGAUGCAGUCAUCGACGCUGAGGUUAGGAGGAGGAAAUGGCUGGAAGAGAAUCCUGAAGCAUCUAGUAAUAAUGAGCCUGUGGUGUUCGACACUUCUAUUAUACCAUGGUGGGCAUGGACGAGAAGGUUUCAUCUGCCCGAAGCUGAGCUACUAAAUGGCCGUGCUGCGAUGAUAGGCUUUUUCAUGGCGUAUCUUGUGGAUAGCUUGACGGGUGUAGGUUUGGUCGAUCAAAUGGGAAACUUCUUCUGCAAGACACUCUUAUUUAUAGCUGUAGCCGGCGUGCUUCUGAUCAGAAAGAAUGAAGAUCUAGAAACUCUGAAGAAGCUUCUGGAGGAAACGACCUUUUAUGACAAGCAGUGGCAAGCAACCUGGCAGGAUGAUGCCUCUAGCAGUCCGAGGAAAGGCUAGGGGGCAUGCGUGGUCCGUCGCUCCAUCUUUCAAGUUUCAACCAACGGCUAUUUUCUUUUGGUCUAUUUUCUCACUGUAAUUUCCUUUAGCUCCUUUGAUAGAGUAGAAUCAUGAUAUCAUUCUGGGAUUCAAUGUUUUCUUUCCAAAUGUGCUUGAAUAAUUACAAAUGAAUCUGCACAGAGUUGAAAAAUGUGAUAUUUGUCGUCAGAAUGAGAGUUUCUAGAUCAUCUUUCAAGACAUCAUCUCUCCCAAAAAAAUUUAUUGCUAUUUCGGAUGUUGCUGAAACAUUGUAAAUCUUGCAAGUUAGUGAGAAGUUAAAGCAUUGAAAAUUACU